AUGGAUAAGCAACAAGAGGAAGUGACACUAUGGAUCCAGACUGUCCUUGGAGAGAAGUUUGAAGCUGGGACAUUCCAUGACCUAUUCAAGGAUGGAGUAAGGCUCUGCAGAUUCCUUAAUAAGGUUUCAAAACUCGAUGUCAAGUAUAAGGAGUCCAAGCAAAUAUUUGUGCAAAGGGAAAACAUAUGCUCGUUUAUUAACGGACUUAAAAAACUCAAGAUGAAUGAAUACGAGCUAUUUCAGACCAACGACCUAUUUGAAGCAAAGGAUCUGAAACAGGUUGUCAUAUGUCUUUAUGCACUAAGCAGGCAGUUGCAAAAGGAAAAGAUAUUUAAAGGGCCAUUUAUUGGGCCUGCUCUUGCCACCAAAUCCAAGAUUGAAUUCAGUAAAGAGGUUCUUGACAGGAGCAAAUAUGCUGUCCAUCUCCAAAUGGGGUAUUCGGACCCGGAGCUACUUGAAAAACCUGAAAACAAGAUUGUUUCCAACGUCUCAAAGGACCUGAAGACAAGCAAUCUUUAA